AUGCCAUACGUAGAACAGAUACUGAAGAAAAAUUUUAUUGAAUACGCAUCAUAUGUUAUUAAAGAACGCUCCAUCCCCUUGUUGGACGAUGGGUGCAAACCAGUGCAACGAAGAAUACUACACACCCUGCUAUCGGUGGAUGAUGGAAGGUUCCAUAAGGUAGCUAAUAUAGUAGGAGAAUGCACAAAAUACCACCCUCAUGGUGAUGCUCCAAUAUUUGAAGCCCUUGUAAACCUUGCAAACAAGAACAUCUUUAUGGAUAUGCAAGGAAAUUUCGGCAACCCUUCUACGGGCGACCCAGCGUCUGCCGCUCGUUACAUUGAAUGUCGCAUAAAAAACUUAGGAAAGGAACUGCUCUACGCACCCCAGGUAACAGAAUACGUUGACUCCUACGACAGCAGAAACAGAGAGCCAGUUUCUUUUCCUGUAAAAAUUCCUCUCAUACUUAUUACUGGGGCAGAGGGAAUAGCUGUGGUUACCGCUACCACUAUGGUGCCCCAUAACUUCUGCGAGGUAGUACAGGCGUUAAUACUAGCCCUGCAAGACGCAAGCUAUACACUGUACCCCGAUUUUCCCAGUGCUGCCCUUAUUGAUGUUUCUGAAUAUAACGAUGGGCUUGGAAAAAUAAAAGUACGAGCAAAGCUGGACAGUUCCCACCCUAAGCAAAUAGUUAUUACCGAGCUUCCGUAUGGAAUUACCACUGAAAAAAUGAUACAUUCUAUAGAAAAUGCAGUAAAGAGCGGAAAAAUACCUGUUUCAUCUAUUAACGAUUAUACCUCAGAUAAAGUGGAGAUAGUGCUUACGCUUCCCAGGUCUGUCUAUGCAAAAGACAUAGAAGACUCUCUCUAUGCAUUUACAGAUUGCGAAAUAUCCAUUACCCUUAACCCCGUAGUAAUACAAAACUCAGUCCCAGAAAAACUAGGCACAAGCAGCAUCAUCGAGUACUUCAAAGAAAAGACACCAGAAAUACUAAAAAAAGAGCUUUAUGUAGAAAAAAAGAAGAAGGAAGAUAGUAUUCAUGUUCGCACAUUAGAACGUAUUUUUAUUGAAGAGCAGAUAUACAAGCAACUAGAAAGAUGUAAGACAAGCACAGAAAUAAAAAGCACCAUAGAAAGUGAGAUGCACAGACACAGCAAGGAAUUCUAUAAGGAAUACCAAGAAGCAGACACAGAGCAUCUACUCAAUAUGCCCAUACGAAGAAUAUCAGCAUACGAUGUGGAAAAGCACAAAAAAGACCUAGCGGUAUUAAAGAAGGACUUACAAAGCAUACGCUACAACAUUAAGCACGUACUACAAUACACCAUUCGCUACUUAGAAAGCUUACUUGCACGCUACAAGAGUCUUUUCCCAAGAAAAAGCACAAUACUUGCUUUCGAUACAGUACGCGAAAAAGACGUAAUGCAACGAAACCUACCAUUUCAUUAUGAUAAGAAAAGUGGCUACAUGGGCUACACGCUUACAAGCGGAAAAAAAGUAGCUACGGUUACUCAGUUAGAUAAGGUACUUUUAUUUAGAAACGAUGGAACAUGGACAAUAGUACAGGCAUGCAAAAAACAAUACGUUGGCGAUGUUUUACUUAUCGGCUUGCUGGAGAAAGAAAAACUUGAAAAGAGCAUUUUUACUGCUGUAUACAGCAUGCAAGUAGACACAAAAGAGCAUAGCUACAUAAAGCGCUUUAUGAUAAAGAAAUUCAUACCCAACAAAGUCUACACAUUUAUCCCUGAAAAAGCAACACUGCGUGCAUUUACAAGUCAAACAAAGGUAGCAUUGCAUAUAGAAUAUGCCCCUGCAAAAUUGAUAAAAAAACUACAGGAAGAUAUUGCUAUAGAUACUUACACAGUAAAGGGUAUACAAAGCAAGGGCGUUCGCAUUUCAACUAAGAAAAUCAAGAAGUGUACAAUAAAAUAG